CAAAUCCACCUUUACCUUUCUCCUCCGCCGACGGACGAGUCAAUGGUGGAAAUGGAAUCGCCGACACAGACGGCGGAGCAAAUAGAGUCAAUGACUGAGUUUCUCGUGAAACACUAUUCCGAUCAGCUCCGUGACAUCUCUCUAUCUCCAGAUCCCAAACUUCACUACCCUCUCUUCAUCGAAUUCGCAGAACUUGUUGACGAUGAUCCAUCUCUAUCGCGUCUUGUAUUCUCCAAUCCUGAACAGUAUCUUCGUCAAUUCGACGAAUCAGCCAUUUUAGCUCACAAAAUUGCGUUGGAGCAUAUGAAGAAAUUUGAGAACAAGAUUGGGAUUGAGAAGAGGUUUAUACAUGUUCGUAUUGAUACUAGUGGAUCUCCUCUAGAACGAAGCUCUGAGACUUUCCCAAGUAUUGGCCGAGUUAGAGUAAAGCACCGUGGGAUUCUUAUGAUGUUGAAAGGCACGGUGAUUAGGUCUGGGGCUGUGAAAAUGUAUGAAGGUGAAAGGAUGUAUCGAUGCCGUAAAUGCAAGUUCACGUUUCCUAUUUUCCCUGAGUUGGAAUCGAUAAACUCGAUUGUGAAACCGCCCUUUUGUCCUUCUCAGCGGUCAAAAUCUUGUGAAGGCACAAACUUUGAUCCUGUAGAUGAUACAGUAACACGCCAUGAUUAUCAAGAGAUCAAGAUCCAAGAAAAUACGCAGGUUCUAGGUGUUGGGGUUAUCCCAAGAUCCAUUCUAGUUGUACUGAAAGAUGACCUUGUUGACAAUGUUAAAGCUGGAGAUGAUGUUGUUGUCUCUGGAAUCUUGACUUCAAAAUGGUCUCAUGACUUAAAAGACGUUCGCUGCGACCUUGAACCUAUGUUGAUUGGCAAUCAUGUCAGAAGAACUAAUGAACUUAAAUCAGAAAUUGAUAUACCUGAUGAACUGAUCGAGAAGUUUAAGAACUUUUGGAGCCACUUCAAAGAUACCCCUUUAAAAGGGAGAAAUGCUAUCUUACGAGGUAUCUGCCCCCAAGUCUUUGGACUUUUUACUGUUAAGCUUGCAGUUGCCUUAACACUCAUUGGAGGUGUGCAGCAUGUUGAUGCUUCUGGUACAAAAAUUCGGGGAGAAUCUCACUUGCUUCUUAUUGGUGAUCCAGGCACUGGAAAAUCUCAGUUCUUAAAGUUCGCUGCAAAACUGAGCAACAGAGCUGUGAUCACAACGGGACUAGGAAGCACAAGUGCUGGAUUGACUGUAACUGCAGUGAAGGAUGGAGGAGAGUGGAUGCUGGAAGCUGGGGCCCUUGUUCUUGCAGAUGGUGGACUUUGCUGUAUUGAUGAGUUUGAUAGCAUGAGAGAGCAUGACAGAGCAACCAUACAUGAAGCAAUGGAGCAACAAAGUAUUAGCGUUGCCAAGGCUGGCCUUGUAACGACUCUUAGCACAAAGACAAUCGUCUUUGGUGCUACAAAUCCUAAAGGACAAUAUGAUCCUGAUCAGUCUCUUUCUGUCAAUACUGCACUUUCCGGUCCCUUGCUCAGCAGAUUUGAUAUUGUGCUUGUUCUCUUAGAUACAAAAAAUCCCGAAUGGGAUGCAGUUGUAUCCUCUCACAUCCUUGCCGAGGUUCAAAUGGAGGAAGAUAAAUAUGUAGAUGAUCUGACAAUUAUGUGGCCACUACCGGUACUUCAAAGAUACAUUCAGUUUGUGAAAAAAACCUUCAGGCCUUUCCUAUCAAAGGAAGCAGAAGAAAUUAUUUCAAGUUAUUAUCGACUCCAACGAAGAUCAUCAACACAAAAUGCAGCUAGAACAACCGUGCGGAUGCUGGAAAGCUUAAUCCGUCUGGCUCAAGCUCAUGCAAGGCUUAUGUUCAGAAAUGAGGUCACACGAUUAGAUGCAAUAACAGCAAUCUUGUGCAUUGAAUCAUCGAUGACCAUUUCAGCCAUCGUAGACAGUAUGGGGAAUGCACUACACUCUAAUUUCUCCGAAGAACCAGAUCAUGAAUAUGCAAAGCAAGAGAAGAUCAUCUUUGAAAAGCUAAGAGGAGACGACAUCUAUUAGCAUCUGGCUUCGGAACCUUCCUUGAAGAUAACUUCCAUCAACUCUUCUUCGCUUGGAUUGUAGAAUUGUUUGUUGAAACGAUUCCAUCUCUUGUUUCUUCACAAACCCCUACAGUCACAGUCUCCUAACAAUGCAUUACUUGGUACGUAGAGGAAUGCUUAAAUAUAUAAAAAGAAAAAGAUGGUUGAGUAUGUACAACGAGGAAACAAUAUUUGGAUAAAGUGUUGGAAAAAACUGUUCUUGAA